GCUCACCCAGCCGAGAAUCCGCCGUUUCAAGUCGCAUCGACUCGGCCACGACUCAUAUCCUCUUCACCUUUCUCACAUGUUCCGCGUCCUCAUUCGCACUCCCGCCAGAUCAUUUCGGAUUCUGUGCACCGAGCCAAUUUCUCGAUCAAUUUCGACCAGCACCGUAUCCCGAUUUCCACCUAGCAUUAAAAUGGCCGACAGCGCGCAACCAACACCCGUCCAGUCAUCGGCAUCGACGCCGGCGCCCAGCGACAUUUCCAAUGCCAAUGUGCCCGCCCAACAAAAGCAGCAGAAGCAGCAAAACAACAAGAAGCAGAACAGACCUCCCCAUCCCAAUGCCGCCAAUGCCAAACCGAAGCCGGUCAAGAGGGAGGUGAGGAUAUUGAUGCUUCAUGGCUACACCCAAUCCGGCCCCCUCUUCCGCGCCAAAACCCGCGCUCUGGAAAAACUCCUCAUCAAGGCCCUCUCCCCCUUAAACCUCGUGCCAACCCUUAUCUACCCCACCGCCCCCAACCGCCUUUCCGUCUCCGACAUCCCGGGUUACGAACCGUCCACAUCCGACUCCGGCCCGGGCGGAGAUAAGGAAUUGUCAGAUAGUUGGGCAUGGUUCAGGCGGGAGGAAGCCACCUGGAACUACAAGUUGAUCAACGAGGGAUUUGAGCGGUUGGCAGAGACGAUGAGGGGUGUGAAUCUGGAAGGGAGGGAGGUGGUUGAUGGGCUUGUGACUGACAGCAAAGUGGACGGGGAGGGUAAAGAGGCGGAGGAAAGGAAAGAAAUGAAAGGGGUGGUCAGGUCAGAAGUGAUUGAUGGUGUCAUUGGGUUCAGUCAGGGCGCAGCGAUGGCUGCCAUGUUGACGGCUGCUAUGGAACAUCUGGCGCCAGGCCAGCCGCGGCCGGUCCUGACGCCCGACCAUGAGGGGUGGGUGAAGCAGAUCCGGGAGGCGAAUAAAGGACAGCCGCUCAAGUUCUGCGUGAGCUACAGUGGCUUCUUUGCGCUGCCGCCCGAGUUGGGGUGGUUGUGGGAGCCCAAGGUCAAGACGCCGACGUUGCAUGUAUUGGGUAGCUUGGAUACGGUGGUGGAGGAGAGUAGGUCGCGGAGGCUGAUUGAGGCUUGUGAGGACCCGGUGGUGGUGGUGCACCCGGGAGGACAUUAUGUGCCGGUGAACAAGGAGUGGGUGGCGCCGUUGGUGGGGUUCAUUAGGACGUGUUUGGAGAAACAUCAGCAGAAGACGGAGGAGGAGGGUGAGAAGAAGAAGGUGGAGGAAAGCGUUUGAGGGGCGAAUGGGUAGACGUCUAUUCAGGCAUCUUGAACUUAAAAGACAGCAGAGGCGGGAAUAGACGAUAGACUACAAGAGAAAAUCCUUUGUUUGUCCAGUUUUCACAAUACACUAGUAUCAUCACUGAGUAAGUUGA